UAUGCUUUGAAAUCUAAACCGGGAAAAAAGGAUAAGGAGCGAGGAGAAAUUGAGGUUGAUAUCCAAUUUAUGAGAAACAACAUGACCGCUAGCAUGUUUGACCUUUCCAUGAAAGAUAAGUCUCGGAACCCGUUUGGGAAACUGAAGGACAAGAUCAAGGGCAAGAAUAAGGAUGGUGCCUCAGAUUCUGCCUCCGCCAUCGUGCCCAGCCUGACGCCCUCGGUGGACAGCGAUGAUGAGUCUUCCACAAAAGACAAGAAGAAGAAAUCCAAGAUCAAGACCCUGUUUUCCAAGUCCAAUUUGCAUAAGACACCGCUCUCCCAGUCCAUGUCCGUCCUGCCUACUUCCAAGUCAGACAAAGUGCUGCUGCGUCCUGGAGACUUUCCGUCCCAGUGGGACGACGACAAUGAGGACGCGUCCUCGUCUGCCUCGGACUUGAUGACUCACAAGAGAACAGCAAGUGCAGACCUCAAGCAGCUGACCCAGAUCAGUUUCACCCUGCCCAGAAAGGAAGGCCUCUCCUUCCUUGGUGGCCUUCGGUCCAAGAAUGAUACUCUUUCCCGCUCUAAUGUCUGCAUCAACGGGAACCAUGUUUACCUGGAGCAGCCUGAAUCCAAGAGCGAGACCAAGGACAGCACCCCUUCCUCUUCCCCGUCCCCCCAGGCCUUCGGGAGGAAGCAUUUGUUUUCCUCCACAGAAAACCUGGCUCCUCGCUCCUGGAAGGAGCCUGGAGAAGCAGGUGGAGCUGCUUCUGACCGGCAGUCCUCAGAGCCAUCCACAAAAGACUCUUUGAAGUCCAUGUCUCUACCAUCCUACCAACCGCUGGCCAGCGGUGAUGUCCAGGGCAACACAGCCGCGGGGAACGCAGAGGCUGCCAAAGAAACCAAGGAGAGCAAGAAGCAGGACAGCAAGAAGCCCUCUCUGCUCUCUCUGGUGACGGGAAAGAAGGAUGUGGCCAAGGGCAGUGAUGGUGAGAGCCCUCCCACCAAGGGGAAGGAAGGCACGCUCCUGGAGAGCAAAGCAAGGGAGGACAGGCCAGAGCCUGUCAGAGACCUGGUGAGAAAAUCCGAGAAACAUCCUCCAGCCACUGUCUCCGAACGGAGUAGGUCGCUGAACCCCUUUGAAGAAGUGCAGCUCACAGAACCAGAAGCUGAGCCAGAGCCCACACCGGACCCCGCGCCCCCGGUCCCUGCGCCAAGGGCCCUGCAGACCAAGGCCGUCAAACCUCGACUGGAAGUGUCUCCAGAGGCUCAACCCAAAGCCAGGCUUCCUCCCCCUCCUGACUCGCUUCUCUUUUUUCCUGCCCUCUCUGCCGCUUCUGGUCAGACCCUCCUCCCUUCUGAACUGGGGCUUGAUUCAGAGACGCGGUCCUCUGAAAGCCCUCCUGUCUCCUCCUUUUUCUCAUCUCCCGUGGAGCCGCCCCUCUCCACAUCUACUCCUACUGACAGCCGGCCUCACGCAGACGAGGGCCAGGCCAGUUCUGAAGAACCAUCUCCGCCUCCUAAGCCGGGGCUGCACGAGGAGCAUGUGACCGAAGUCCCAGAUCCUGUGGGGUCGCAUUUCCCACAGCCUCGCACUCCAGCACAUCACGGGGCAGAAGACCGUGCCGAGGAGAAGACCGCUGCCCUAGACCCCGAGCACACCAGCACCGAGGAACCCCAAAACUCUCCCCUGCUGCAGCCUGACACGGAGCCACAAGAAGAGGGGCUUCGGAGGUCUUCCCCCGCAAAGGAAGGCUACCCCCAUUCCUCCGACCAGCCUGGAGCGCGCACACUCGGCCCUUCAGUCCGAAGUGGCAGAAUUGGAAGCUCAGCAGAAACGCCUUGGAUCGGGGAGAAGGGAAACUCGGAUGCUGCCGCUCAGUCUAGAUCUUUGGUGGGGAACACAGUUAGAGACAGUCAGGUGGCUACUGCGGUUCAGGAAGCGGCACCCCCUCUUCCAAUGGUGGGCUCGGUCCCCCAAGUUGACCCAGUGACACAGAAUCGUGGAGUGGGGGGUCUGCAUGCCGGCAAAGACCAGAAGAAAGUCAAGAAGCAAGUGUCUUUUCCUGAGCAGCUCUUGGUGGAAGAGGAGGCAGAGCAGUCCCCUGGAUGGGCAGGCAAGGGCAGCGGUAACCCCCAGGAGCUUCCCAGGGAAGGGGCUGCUGCUGGUGGGGUGCAGGUCAGGGAGUCCCCCGAGUCUCCCCGCAGAGAAGAGCCAGAGUGGGAGGCUGACACUGAAGACCAGCUGCUGAGCCGUGGGGCGCUGGCUCCCACGGCAGAUACAGAGGAGACUUCCUUGGUGGGCCCCGAGGGUGACGCCAGUGGCUUCGAGAAAGACACGGCACUCCUUGGGACAGAGGGAGAUGACGAGGGUCCCCUGAUGGAGGAGCGAUGUCAGAGCAGAGCCAGUGACCACGAAGGCCUAUUGUCUGACCCGCUGAGUGAUCUGGAGUCGGCUGCAGGCGCCAACUCCCCAGUCAUGGCUGACCUGAACCUAACCCUUCCUUCCAUUCCCGAAGUCGCAUCGGAUGACGAAAGGGUGGAAGACCCGGUUGAAGUUGUCAGAGAGAUAGCAAGGCCAGCCGCUUGGGAGGGAGGAGCUUCCUCCUUGAGCGUGUUUCUCCCCUGUCCCAAGAACAAAGGGGGACCGAGUGGCAGCCUGGGAGACGGCCCCAGGCCUGCAGUGCCUGCAGAGAGCCUGCAUGACCUCAGGCCGAAAGCACCCAGGGCACCUGUCACAGCUUCUUCACAGCAAGCUGCAGCUUUAGGAAUUCACAAACCACAUCUUGGCAAGAGUUUGAGCUUGGAUAAACAGCUGCCAGGUGGUGAGGGCGGUGGCAGCAGCAGCAGCAGCAGCGAGGAAGAAAAUGGGAGGCCAGGCCAGCCUCCUGGUGAGCCCCUGGACUGCCCUGUUUCCAGCCCCCCCUGUCCUGAGCCCUUUCCUGCCACACACUCUUUCCCCAGCUCUCCACAUGCCCACACGCACCACACAAGUACCGCAGAAUCUCAAAAAAAAGCACCAGCAGAGGGCUCCGCUGCUAAGGUGGACAGUUCUGGCAAGAGGAAGCCGCUUCUUCAGGCCUGGGUCUCGCCCUCAGAGACACAUCCAGUCUCAGCUCAGCCAGGCACUGGAACCUGGUCAGCCAAGCACAGACUGCAUCCUGUGAAGCCAAUGAACACAACAGCCACGAAGGUUGCUAACUCCAGUUUGGGAACUGCCACCAUCAUCAGUGAGAACUGGAUCAAUGAUGCCACAAUGAAGAAAUACAACCCCUCGGACCCUGCUUUCGCGUAUGUGCAGCUGACCCACGAUGAGCUGAUCCAGCUCGUCCUCAAGCAGAAGGAGACCAUCAGCAAGAGGGAGUUCCAGGUCCGAGAGCUGGAAGACUACAUCGACAACCUGCUGGUCAGGGUCAUGGAAGAGACCCCCAACAUCCUCCGCGUCCCAGCUCAGGUCGGCAGAAAGGCAGGGAAGAUGUGAGCCGCCUGAAUAAAAAAAACCCUGAAGCGUU